CAAGCUGCCACACAGUCCAUUCGGGUUCGCAUCGAACGCAGUAGCGGUAAAAUCCGGUUUUGUUCCCUCAAUUAGCGGCCAUCCAGGCCAUUCGUUAUGCUAGUGUGACAAUACCCGCGGUUGGUUUAAAAGCAAUUCCCAGCGAUCGAAUUUGGCCGUAUUUUCCAUCAAAAUCAUUUUCAUUCCUCGCGCAUUCCUGGGGACGUGAACGAGUGGCGCAAUCAGUAAAGCUUCUCGGUACUCCGCUUCAUCUGCGAUAGUGUGCCGCGUUCGUUUGUGUAUGUUCGCACAGCUGGUAACAAAUGUGAGCAGACCACGAUUUACAGCGUCCUUCGGAGCGAAUCCUAGUGAACGCCAACACCAGUCCCAAAGUCCAGUGCUCGCCGACGUGAUAACGUUUGUGCAUCUUUUGUGUACAUUCAAGUGUUGUUGCAACGUUUAUUUGAAAACACACGCCAACCGUUACAACCAUGGCCGAUGAAUUCGAUGCAUGCGAAUGUUUCUGGAGCCAUGAAAUCGCUAUGCGGAGGCUGCUGUCUUUGCUCCGCCACGGACAGUCGUACUGCAACGACAGUGAUUGCACGGAUCUUUCGAAUCUCCCGGGUUCCAAUGGUGGCACAAACUUUUUUCUCGUCAUCGUGGCGUUGAUUUUCAUGGCCGUCAUGUACGUGAUGCGGCCCCAGUCGCUGCGAAGACGAAACGAUCUCAGCAAAGCAUUACCGCCUCCAUCGAACGAUGGUCCCAACAACGAUGGUGCUCCUCCGUCAGUAUCCUGAAAGAAUCGAAAAACCAUCCGUGAUAGAAACGCUCAAAUCCGCAACAUCACGUCAUUCGGCAAAAGUGCUCGAGGUGGUUCCCGAACUCCACCAAUCGGCCGUGUUACAGCCUUUUUCCGUUUUUUCCCUUCUGUUGACCAUAUAAUGCAACUGUUGAACACGCUCCAGAUCGACCCAGAUCAAUUCUACUGGAACGAACCAUUAGCUUCCAACUGAUCCUACUUUUCCGUGCGCUCUGCAAUGAUUACUUUUUGAAGUUGUUAGAUGAACCUUGGUGUUCCUAUUCCCUAUCGCAUUUCGGCUUUUUGUUUGCUUCCAUUCAAUGGUUUAAUUGGUGAAAUUGAAGAUCCGUCUAAAACGUGAACGCUUGAAAGAUUCCGACAACGGGUAGCAAUAAGUAUUUUCUUUGAUAACUUGGUUCAAUUUUCCGUUAAUUAUUCGUUCUUUUGCAAUAAAAUGGAAUUUCUUCAGAUUUACGAGCAACCAAAUCUAUAAAAGACAGUUCUCUAUUCAAUUAGCACGUAAAGAACAUUGUUACAUUACAGGUUUAUGAUCAAGUUGGAUUUGGAAACCCCCGAUCGCUUGUAUUUCUAUUUAUUCUGUUUGAUGUUCAGUGGACUGUUGGAACUCCUAGGCAAGAUAUUUUACUUUGUGUUGAUUUUUUUUGCAUUUCUGCUAAAUAACAGAUAGUAUUUACGAGAAAAAAAUAAGAAUUUUUCCAAAAUAAUGUAAAAAAAUCAGUCCGGUACAAAAGCAGAAGUCUAGCUAAUUGUGUCCUUACAGAAGGAGUAUAGAUUAGUGUUCUCUACUCUGCAAUGGGUAAAUAAAAACAAACAAGUACAUAGCGGAA